AUGCCUCCCCAGGAGCUCCUGGAUUACGCGCCCGCCCUGCGGAGACACAGCCCGCCCAGGGGCAGCGGCCCGGAGCUGGGCAUCAAGUGUGUGCUGGUGGGCGAUGGCGCCGUGGGCAAGACCAGCCUGGUGGUCAGCUACACCACCAACGGGUACCCCGACGAGUACCAGCCCACCGCUCUUGACACCUUCUCCGUGCAGGUCCUUGUGGAUGGAGCCCCUGUCCGGAUUCAGCUGUGGGACACUGCUGGACAGGAGGACUUUGACUGUUUGCGUUCUCUUUGUUAUCCUGACACCGACGUCUUCCUUGUCUGCUUCAGUGUGGUAAACCCAAGCUCCUUCCAAAAUAUUACUGAGAAGUGGAUCCCUGAGAUACGAACUCACAACCCCCGGGCACCAGUGCUGCUAGUGGGGACACAGGCAGACUUGCGGGACGAUGUCAAUGUCCUCAUCAGCCUGGAUCGCUACCAUGUGAAGCCUGUGCCCCGGCCUCAGGCGGAAGGUCUAGCUGACAAAAUCCGGGCUGAAGCCUACCUGGAAUGCUCAGCACUGACUCAAAAGAACCUCAAAGAAGUUUUUGACAUGGCCAUUGUCAGUGGUGUUGAGCACAAAGCACGGCAGGAAAAGAAGAUGACUGCCAAAGGCAUCAAGACUCUCUCCAAGUGCCGGUGGAAGAAGUUCUUUUGCUUUGUCUGA